AUGUCUCUCCUCACCAGUGCAUCGCAGGUGUCGCAGCUGUCUCCACACCUCCUCCUCCUCCUCUCCCUCAUUCUCCCGCUCACUGCUCUCCCCAUUCCCGACGCCACUGUAAAGUCUACUUUCCGUGGGAACCCAACCCCCUUGUCGUCCUCCCCUGGUUACAAGCGCACUCCUCUCGGCGCUCCUCCCGCCCACUCGCUACUCCAGCAGCUCCGUGCCACGCCACGUGGCAUCCAGCGUCCCAAAAAUGCGGACCACGUGUCAGCACCAGCGCGGUCACAGGCGGCAUCGUCCUUAGCAUCAUCGGCGGAAAAACACAAUCCAUCAUCGGCGGAAGCUUCCGCUUCUGCCAACGCGUCCGCGGGUUCCGCGGAGCCCCCGACCCCUUUCCCGCCUUCGCCGCGGCCGUGGCCGGAGCGGUUCCACGCGGUGCUGUUUCAGAACCGCAGCGGGCGGCUGGCGCUGACGGAGCUGUGGUACGACUGGCCGGGCGGGCGCAACCUGAACGCCAUCCGCCCGCAGCUGUCCGCGGGCACGCUCAUGGACGUGGAGUGGAGCAAUGGCACCAGCUUCUACUACAACCUGCAGGAGCGCUCGUGCAAGGUGAUCACGUUCCCAGUGGGCAUUCUGCGGCCGGACUGGCUGGUGGGGGCGGUGCUGGUGAGGGAGGGCGAGGUGGUGGACGGCAAGUUCCGCUGCCGCGUGUGGACCAAGGCUGACUUCAUUCUCUACUACGAGGACAUGGAGGUGCCCUUUCCCUUUCUUCUAUGUAUUGCAUAG